AUGGCCGACCAGCCGGAGUCCAACACGCUCGCCUCGACCUUCCCUAACCCGCCGACCUUCUGGAAGGACUUCACCCCAGACAAGCUCGCUCGCGUCGAAGAGCUCAAGGCGGUCCACGCUCAGCGCAAUGGCGGAGACCCGUUGACAACGCGCAUCCCAGACCUGCCCGAGGAGCUGCUCAAUCUCCAGCCGCCCCUCGAGCCGGCCGAUGGGCGCUGGAGGGUCUUUGGUGACCAGUACAUGCUCGAUGACAAGCUCCCGACGCUGGAGGAACAGGGCAUCGCCAACCUCCCUUCAGCAGCCCCGACCGAAUCCAAAGACGUACCGCACUUCUUCGAUCGUGCCCUUGAGCUCAAGCGCCUCGCCAAGUCUCUCCUCCUCAAUUUCCUCGAACUCUCCGGCACUCUCUCUCGGAACCCGUCACACGCCGAAGCAAAGGUCCAGGACCUACGUACCCUCUUCAUCAACUUCCACCACAUCCUCAACGAGUAUCGCCCGCACCAGGCCCGCGAGUCGGCCAUCGCCAUGAUGCAGGAACAUCUCGACCGCACUCGCACCGAGACCAUGGCCAUUCGGACCCAGGUGGACAAGGCCAGGCGUGUUCUGGAUGGACUGGGUAGCCUGAGCAUCCCGGAGGUGCCCAAGCCACUUGGCGAGACGGGUGACGAGGACUGGGAGGCGGUGGCCUUGGAGAGAGAAUCAGACGCCUGGGCUACGACAGAUGCCCUUUUUACCUAA